ACGGAAACGAGAAGUCACGUGAAACUGGUUAUGGUCAUGUGAUAAUGUGAAAAUGGCAGCUACGGGGGAGGAGGCCGCAGCGAUGGACAGCAUCUGUAAAGCACCAGCUCCCCCGACCGACCUCAACCUCUCAGCCGAACACGAACCCGAACCCGAACCCGAACCCGAGUCCGAACCCAGGAGAGAUGCAGCCACAAGCGAUGCGACAGAGACCCCAAAAGCUAAAAGACCCAGUAAUAAUAAUGAGGGAGGUGUGGAGACCGCAGAGGAGGCCACUGAACCCGCCGAGCCGGAUAUCAAUGAGCUCUGCAGAGACAUGUUUGACAAAAUGGCAGUUUUCCUACAGGGAGAGCUCACUGCCACCUGUGAGGACUAUAAACUCCUCGAAAACAUGAACAAACUCACCAGUCUGAAGUACAUGGAGAUGAAGGACAUAUCCAUCAACAUCAGCCGCAAUCUGCAAGAUCUCAAUCAGAAGUAUGGCGGUUUGCAGUCUUAUCUGGAUCAGAUUAACCAGAUCGAGGAGCAGGUUACGGCUCUGGAGCAGGCUGCAUAUAAACUAGACACAUAUUCAAAGAAACUGGAGGCCAAGUUUAAGAAACUGGAGAAGCGGUGAAAAUGGCCUAGUCACC